AAUCACACAAAUCCAGUGCGUUCUGUCAGAGAUUCAGAUUGGUGCUGCUUUAUCGUGUUUAUGUUGAGUUUGAGGGAAUAAUUGAGACUUUCAACAUCUGUCUGAACAUCAGUGAUCAGAAGCUGCUGGAGAAAAACCAUGCUGCUGUCUCCAUCUCCGCAAACCCUGACAAUAUGCAAUGCUUAACGGUGACUGUUCUACGAGGAAAGGACGGUUUUGGCUUCACCAUCUGCUCUGAUUCGCCUGUUCGUAUACAAGCUGUGGAUCCAGGUGGUCCUGCGGAUCAGGCAGGUUUGCAGCAGUUGGACACUGUGCUACAGUUGAAUGGUCAGCCUGUCAAACACUGGAAGUGUGUAGAUCUUGCACAUGCUAUUAGAAACAGUCUUAGCGAGAUCACAGUGGUAAUUUGGCGUACAGGACCCUCCGUCAAGACCAAGUUUGAGGGCUUGAUCCAUCAUCCUUCCUAUAAGUCGUCAAACUAUGACACUCCAGUUUCUCCCGCUAAAUGCAAGAGGGCAGAAAAGGCUCCACCGCUUCCGCCUCUGCCCGCACAGCACCGCACCGGCCACAGGGUUGUAGGCCAGAACGGGUCUGAGGAUCUGGCAACCGGAGCAGGAGUCCUGUGGGGAGAACGGAGGACUGCUGUGGAUGCCAAAACCGGCACACAAACGCUCAGAGGGACGCGUGUCAAAGCAUCAAACGGGGAAAAUUACAUCAUCCUGUCACCUAUUAAUCCUGGAAGCCAGGUAUUGGGCUCUGGAGACCCACACAGAACAUUAACUGGCCAGAUGUACCCUGCUGCUCAGACGUCUGUUCCACUGCCUCCGGCUGCUAGUGCGCAGUCAGCACCGGGCCUCGCUAGCAGGACGUGUUUUCUGCGUCGCUCUGGAAACAGCAAAUCCAAAACACAGCAAAUCUACCAAAACACGUCAAACUUCGCCAACUACCAGAACUGCACCAUUGUGAGGUCACACGUGCCCCAUGCCAACUAUAGCACCUACGUCAAAGUGACACCCAAAGUCCUCAUCUUCCCCAUUUUCGUUCAGCCUGUAGAUCUUUGUAGCCCGACUCGAACACUGCUGAUCACUGAAGAAAUGAUUCUGUAUGAGAGCAAGCACUUUUCCAUCAAGGUCACGGUUUUUAUAUACUCGGAUUUGAUGCUGGUGACUAGAGAGGAUGAACCGGGCCGGUGUAACGUCCUGCAAAACCCACUGUACCUCCGACACCUGCAGCUGCGGGACGAUCACUGUAAAGAUCUGCGAUUCUACUUGAUCCACAUGACUGAGGUGAGUUACAGUAACAGGCACAGCAAAUUAAAACAAGUUUGUUUACGGGUUUUAACAUUUUGUAUGCGAAUGUGAAAAAGAAGUAUACUCGAAUUCAAAAUGUAGAAAAAAAUAGCAGGAUGACAACAUGGGCAAACGUAUUAUGCUCAGACUACAAUUUAUAUUGCACAUACUUCCAUAUGACCAUAAAGAAAAUACUUUAAAAUCAGUGAUUAUUUACAGGGACAGUCAUUUUCCUAAGCGUUUGCAUUGGGAGGGCUGAAUUACAGUUUGAGGUUUGCUACCUAAAAUU